AUGUCGAAUAAGUAAAUUAAUGAUGAGAAUUGAGGAUUGAAAAAUAUUCUAAGAUUUUGAAUUUAAUUAAUUAAUAAGGAUGUGUUACUAGAACUACUUGUGCAGCUGCAACUAUUUAAGCUGCUUGUGUGAAAAAUAGUUCAGGUGGGGAUUGUUAUUGGACUGGAACAGCUUGUGUUGAUAAAACUUGUGCAAAUGCACCACUUACUAUGACUACAAAUACAGCUUGUGGUGGAUUUGUUCAAGAUUGUAUUACUAAAACUGGAGGAGGUUGUGUUGCUAAUGGUGCUUGUUCUGCUGCUACUCUUCCAGCAGCUUGUGUUAAGAACAAAGACAAAGUUGAUUGUAUUUGGGAUACUACUUGUAAAGAAAAGACUUGUGCUAACGCUCCAAUUACAAAUAACACUCAUGAAUUAUGUACAUCUUAUUUACCAACAUGUACUGUUAAAACUGGAGGUGGAUGCUAACCUAGAAUUUGCUCAAAUGCUCCACCAUCAUUAACUACUAAUGAAGCAUGUGAAGCUUAUUUAACUGGAUAUAAUUGUAUUACAAAGACUGGAGGUGGAUGUGUAACAAAUACAACAUGUGCAGCUAUUACUAUAAAAGCUGCUUGCAUUAAGAAUUCAAGUGCAUAACCUUGUUUUUAUGAUGAUGAUAGUUCAAGCUGUAAAGAUAAAAUAUGUGUUAAUGCACCAUCAAUUAGCGCUACUCAUGAAUUAUGUUAAACGUUUUUAAAUACAUUUAUGUAUUAGGAAAGGAACUUGUUAUAAAAAAUAAUGUAUUUUAGCAUCAUCGGCUAAAUGUUAAGAAUAUAAAUCUACAUGCUAAGCUUUUGCAGGCACAGAAGCUGCUUGCACUAUUUCAACAUAAGUAAAUGUUAUUUGAAUUGUUCUGAUUGUGUUCGUUUUACUAAUUGUGCAUCAAUAAAAGGAAUAGGAUUAAAUGAUGAAAUUUCUGACACAUAUCACAACUUAUGUAAUUCUAACAGUACAGGAACAGCUUCUUAAGAAAAAGCAUUGUAUUUGGACUGGUUCAACAUGUAAAAGAGUAGAAUUUAUUGAUUCUGAAUGUUCUUUAGUUACAGGAGUAGGAUUAUCUGAUAAUAUUAGUAUACUAUUUCAUUCAGUUUGAACUGUAAAUAGAUGAAACAGCUUAUUAAGAAAGAAAAACUCUUUGUACUGAAUAUGGUACAGAUUAAUAAACUUGUACUUGCAAUCAAAGUUUUAAAUAUUUUUUGUGUAUUUUGACUGCCAAUACAUGUGUUGAUUUUAUAGAUACUGCUACUACAUCGUGCUCUUAAAUCAAGAGGAAAGGGAUUGGCUGA